GGGCGCGCUGAGCUUCUCCACUACACUACUCUUCUGUCAACAUAACUUUCUCUCUUCAUGCGCUAUUCUUUAUUUGCCAUGGACCACAACAUCUAAACAAGCUCUGAAUUAUUCCGUUGAUUCUGAAAUUCUCCUUUGCUUCAUUUCUUUAUAGUUCAUACCGGGUCCUUUCAAGUGUUUUUUUUUUUUCUUUUGGUUUCGUGGCAUGGACUGUUGUCAAGGGGAUGGUGUGGCGGUAGUGUCUCUGAAUUCGCUUCCGCUAGGGUUCCGAUUCCGACCCACGGACGAGGAACUCAUCGAUUUCUACCUUCGAAAGAAGAUCAAUGGUAACAGUGGCGAGGUUUGGGUUAUCCGAGAAAUUGAUGUCUGCAAGUGUGAGCCUUGGGACAUGCCCGAUUUGUCGGUGAUACGGAACAAGGAUCCGGAGUGGUUCUUCUUCUGUCCACGGGACCGUAAGUAUCCAAAUGGGCAGCGAUUGAACCGUGCGACGAAUCAUGGGUAUUGGAAGGCAACGGGGAAGGAUCGUAACAUAAAGUCUGGAACCAAUUUGAUUGGAAUGAAGAAGACUUUAGUUUUCUACACUGGUCGUGCACCCAAAGGGAAGAGGACCAAUUGGGUCAUGCACGAGUAUCGCCCCACUUUGAAGGAGCUUGAUGGUACCAAUCCCGGACAGAGUGCUUUUGUUCUUUGUCGCUUGUUUAAGAAGCAAGAUGAGAACCUUGAAGUUUCGCCCUGUGAGGAAGCAGAGGAGUUGCAAUCUGAUCUGGCUGUUGCUGCAGUGUCCCCCUCGCAGGUUACAGAAGAUGAUAAGGAUCAGCUUACUAUCCCUGCCAACUCUGGGGAAGCAAUAUCCAGCAUUGCAACCCCACAUGAUGCUUGUGAUGCACAAACGCAAAUUGUGGCACCGGCUGCAGAGGUGUUUCCGCCAUUGAACUUUGACAUAUAUAAUGACCCAAAAUACGAGCUAUUGGAUGACAGAGUAUUCUCCCCUGUACUUGCACAUAUUCAACCGGAAUUUAAUUAUCCAGCAAACAACGAAUUAGAUGGUCAAUUUGGGCUUCAAUAUGGUACAAAUGAGACAUACAUUUCAGAUUUUUUGAAUUCAGUUGUUAACUGGGACCAAUUCCCCUGUGAGGAGCCCAAAUAUCAACAGCAGCAGAGCUACCCCUCCUUUAAUGUUAAUGAUAACGCAUUGGGCAGCGACAUAGAUGCUGAACUUGCCAAUAUGACAUGUAUGCAAGUUUCUAAUGUUGAGGAGCAGAAGAGCAAUGUUGGGUUAUUUCUAAACAAUUCCGACAUAGCUUUUUCUGAUGUUGGUAUGGGGCAAGUAUACAAUGUAUUCAAUGAUUAUGAGCAACCAAGAAUCUAUAAUACAGUUGCUAGUGGGGAUACCGGAAUCAUAACGAGGCCUCGAAAGGUACCAUAUGAACACCUGAGCACAAACUCAACACAAGGUACUGCACAGAGGAGAAUUCGUUUGUCAACCAACACACAUGGCUCAUAUAGGAUGGUGAAAAGUGGAAGUUGUGCACAAAAAGAGCUUACUUCUAAACCAAUCAUUGAUGUGGAGGAGAAAGCUUCAGAGAACCAUGCUUCUGAUGAAAGUGCUAUUCUUACACCUGAGUCAACCAGCAAUAGAAAGAUUCAUCGACAAGGUACUAAAGGAGGUUCCACCUGGGGAUUAAAAGACAUUUUAUUGCUCAGAAGGGUGCCUUACAUUUCAAAGUCUUCCUCCAAUCGCACCACAUGCUCUUCAGUUUUUGUAGUUUCUGCCUUUGUAGUGGUUAUAUUAGUGGCCUUUACUGACAUAUGGGGAUAUCUUAAAUUUUAAACUACUAGAAGAUCAUUCCUUUGUUUUUUUGCCUCCAUUUUGUUUUUUGGGCGGCCUAUUGAGGGGAGGCAUGUAGGGCUUACUUAGAUUUGCUGAUAGUUCAAUAAUUAUGUGAGUGCAUAUAUUAUAUGUAUGCUUGCCUAGUUGGCUGGUCUGUAGACUCUGUUGUAAAUUAAAUAAUAAAUAUAGUUUUUUUCAACUUUA